UUUUUUGGCGUGUGUGACCGAAUCCAUCGCUACCUUGUUCUGUUUAGCGCUACCUGCGUCUACUUCAUCAUGGCUGGUACAAGAAACUAUGAUUUUUUGAUCAAACUUCUGUUGAUCGGAGAUUCUGGGGUGGGAAAAUCAUGUUGUUUGUUACGAUUCAGCGAAGAUUCAUUCACCCCGUCCUUCAUCACGACUAUUGGAAUUGACUUCAAGAUCCGUACAAUCGAACUUGACGGAAAGCGUGUAAAGCUUCAAAUAUGGGAUACAGCUGGGCAGGAGCGCUUUAGAACGAUUACAACGGCUUACUAUAGAGGGGCAAUGGGCAUACUUCUGGUCUAUGAUGUCACUGAUGAAAGAUCAUUUCAAAACAUUCGCACAUGGUUCUCAAACGUCGAGCAGCAUGCAAGUGAAGGUGUUCACAAAAUUCUCAUCGGAAAUAAAUGUGACUGGGAAGAGAAGAGAGCCGUGUCAACUGAACAGGGCCAGCAGCUAGCUGAUGAGCUUGGCAUACCCUUCCUUGAAGUGUCAGCAAAGAACAAUAUCAAUAUCGAGAAAGCCUUCUACAAUCUUGCCUCGGAAAUUAAGAAAGGCAUGGACACAUCUAAAUCUGAACAGCCUGGUUCGCAAGGUGUCAGCAUAGAUCAGCAAGGCCCGGGGCUGAAUGGCAAUACGGGAGGCAAGUGUUGCUGAUGUGCUUGUUAGUACACCCUCCUGCUUUGACCUUUUGUCCACCUUACACACCUACUCCUUUUCUCCCUGAACUCCGGCAAACAGCUAUUCUGCCA